UCAGGUGUGAGUACUCCUGGUCGGCACCGAACAUUCAGUGGAAAUCCACAGAGCAUCUCCAACCCUGAAGAUGGGUGUCCUGUUCAGGUAAAAAUAGCGAAAAGUGAUGAUGAUAUGGAAGGCGGCAUGGCGCCGACAGUUCAAUUCAGAGAAACCAAUGAGUAUCCAGUUGUGUUCAAAUGGCAUUGCUCGGCUACUAGCCAGCCACGUACGGUCUUCAUAUGUGGAUCAUGGGAUGGUUGGCGACAGAAGAUCCCUCUCGUCAAGUCAGCGAACGAUUUCAGCACGAUCCUUGAACUGACUCCAGGUCAUCAUGAGUACAAGUUUAUGGUGGACAACAAAUGGGUGGUGGAUGAUAAUCAGCCGAAGACAAACAACAAUCUUGGAGGAGAGAAUAAUGUGAUGUCUAUCGAUCAGGAUGAUUUCGAAGUGUUCGAUGCGCUUGACAAGGAUCUGGCUUCGUCAAAUGCUGGAGAAGCUAUGAGAGGAGCGCCGAACCAUCAGCCAUCUCACGACACUCCAAAUGACAGGGAGCUCGAGAAACUUCGUACGUUCUCACAAGAUAUUCCGGAUCGCGCGGAAUUCGCGAAGGCUCACAAUCCACCUGCGCUUCCGCCUCAUCUUCUUCAGGUCAUCCUCAACAAAGACACACCCGUGCAGUGUGAUCCCAAUGUGCUACCAGAACCAAAUCACGUGAUGCUAAAUCAUCUCUAUGCUCUUUCAAUCAAAGAUG